UGGUAUCGGCACUAAAAAAUCUCACAUUUUGCAUGAGUCACCCUGUUGUUAAUCAUUUAUUCUGUGGUGGUUAAAAUAUUGGAAGGUGAUAUGUCGAGGAUUGCCGAAGUGAGCAGCUGAUCAAUCUAAAUGUGAUUAAAAAUUAAAAAAUAACUAAAUGAGAAUAUUGCACCAUAUUGGGAAUAUCAUUUUUUAAAUUGAAAAUGAGUGAUAUGGAGGUAGCGUCUUAUCUUCCUUUAUUUCUAAGAGAAGAAUAUACAGAAGUAGAUACUGAAAAUGGUUUAUUUUUAUGCAAUAUGCACAUCCCUGAAGAAAUACUUCUUCAUAUUUUGAGCUUCGUAGACCCCAAAGUACUUUUGAGAUAUAGCAUAGUAUGCAAAAAAUGGAAUCUCUUAAUCAAAUCAUUUCCUUUAUGGUCGAUAAUUUAUAGAAGAAAGUUCCAACGCAAGCCUAAGAAGUUGCCGUGGUAUAUAUUUUAUUGUCGCUUUUCCACAGAGUAUUUUGAUAUAAAUUUACUGAAAAAUGGAAGUGGUCAAGAUUCAUUCAAUAAUUGGGAAAUUAUAGAAAAUGGGGGAGAUAAAUUCGUCGUUGAAGAUCCUCCAGAUGGUGCAGAUGCUUUAAACAUAGAGGAACCGGAAUUUGAAAAUAAAACAAGCUGUUUUGCAACAUCGUACGGUAAUUGUAAAAAAAUUCAAGUAGUGAAAUUUGGUCAAAGUAAAUUGUUUCGAUACAUUUUGUCAAACUACAAGCCUCAUAUUUAUUUAAGCGAAUGGACAUGUGGUAGGUUCGAUUGUGGUAGUUUGUAUAGAUUGCGUUGCAGUUACUUGGGAAUAAUUCCUGAUGUUACAAUUGCAAAACCGUCUGCUGGACAGACAGUUAAGCAAUGGGAAGGACGAAAGUGGAAUAAAAUAGAAAUCUUGAUUACACAGUAUCCUGAGGGAGUUGAAGGAAUUUCAUUUGAGCAUGAUGGUCGUGAUACCCAAUUUUGGGCCGGUCAUUAUGGCAGUAAAAUGGCAGGUGGUGUGGUAAAAUUGUUGUUUGAUUCGAUCGAUCCAUUGCCAUUGAAUAAUCUUGGUCAGAAACAACCAAAACGAUUUAGUAAAACAGAAUACAAAACUAAUGGAGAGAAUUUAGAUAAUUAUUUUAUGGAAAUUGAAAUUGAAAGAAUUCGUCCUAUUUGCAGAUAUCCGCCCCAUGUUAGGCGUAAUAUACGCGAGGCUUAUCAAUAAUAUUUGUAAUCAAAUUUUUUGUAGAAAAAGGUAUUAAAGUUAAUUGUUGUGUGUGUGUAAGGAGCCCCAGAUCCAUCAGUGCCUAAAAAUCAUGUACAAUAUUUAAGUGAUAAUUAAUCAUUAUUUAGAUAUUGAAUAUGAAUAAAUGAAUUGUUGAUGGAUUGCUGUGAAUUUUAUAAAUAUUUUUACUUUCUUUUAUUGUACAGUAAUGUGUUUUAUGAAUAUCAGAAGUUUAAUCGUU